GCCUUUCUAUAUUCAUACACUCUACCAAGCCCAAGUCUCAGCCUUUCUUUCUCUCUCUCUCUACCUAAGAAUCCUCCUCCACAUCUUCUCUUUCUCUCUCUCAAAAAACCACCGUAUUCAGUUUUGUAUGGCAGUUCGCUUGCUAGCAUACGAGGUAGCUGACCUCUGCCUAGGCAAGCCGCCUCUCAGAUCUCUCUCGAUCUCCGCCACCGUGGCCGACGCCUUGUCCGCCCUCAAAUCCUCCUCCGACACCUGCCUCAGCGUAUGGACCUGUGACCACUCCAAAUCCGCCGCCGAGGAGUGUCGCUGUGUCGGAAAAGUCUGCAUGGUCGAUGUCAUUUGCUACCUCUGCAAAGACCAAAAUCUCUCUUCUCCUUCCUCUGCUCUCAAAUCCCCUGUUUCUGUCUUGCUCCCCAAACUUCCUGGUCUCGUCAGGCACGUCGAACCCUUUUCCAGCUUAUUGGAAGCCAUUGAUCUCAUCCUCCAAGGUGCUCAGAAUCUUGUGGUACCAAUAAAGUCCAAUUCAAGAAGAAAACUACAGAAAUCUCCCACAGCUCACAACGGCCGUGAAUUCUGCUGGCUAACCCAAGAAGACGUGAUCAGAUUCCUCCUGAGCUCAAUUGGCCUCUUCCCGCCCAUCCCGGCCCUCUCCGUCGCUACCCUCGGCAUAAUCAGCACAGAAUUCUUGGCAGUCGGGUACCACUCGCCGGCUUCCUCGGCCAUAGAAGCCAUAUCAAGCUCCCUCGCUGACCAAACUUCCGUAGCCGUUGUUGACGACGACGGAAUGUUGAUCGGCGAGAUAUCUCCCUUCACCCUCGCCUGCUGCGAUGAAAUGGUCGCAGCUGCUAUCACGACCCUCUCUGCAGGAGACCUCAUGGCCUAUAUAGAUUGCGGAGGUCCCCCAGAGGAUCUUGUGAGGGUCGUGAGGGCAAGGUUGAAUGAGAGGAAAUUGGAACGAAUGUUAGAGGAAUUCACUUUCUCCUUUGACAUUCCUUCCAACUCCUCUUCCUCCUCAUCGUUAUGGUCUGAUGAGGAGUCCUUGUCAUCGACCGCGGCAUUGCCAAGGUCGGCGAGGUACAGUAGGUCCAGUAGCUAUUCGGCAAGGAUGGUGAGGAGGUCAGAGGCCAUAGUGUGCUAUCCGGGGAGUUCUUUAGUAGCGGUGAUGAUUCAGGCGAUCGCGCAUCGGGUGAAUUAUGUUUGGGUCGUAGAAGAUGAUUGUAGCUUGGUUGGAAUUGUGACAUUUUCUAACAUGUUGCAAGUUUUUUAUGAACAUUUGCAGUCCAUGGCCUCGGGAGUUUAGGAGCUUUAGAGAAAAGUUCUAACUCUGUUCAAGGAGGAGAGUGUGUGAAAAGAAUAGGGACAGUGUGAAUAUGAGCCUUCUUUUUUUUUUUCAUGUAUCAUUUUGGAUUUGAGGAUUUGCUGAUUUGGGUCUUGGCUGUGAUGAUGUGUUUGUUUAAUUUCAAAUUUUCUGUGUUUUAUUAUGAAAGGGAUUUGAUCUU